AAGGGAGAGCACCAGACAGAAACCAUGGGAGCUUUCUUCACUUUGUCCAUCUCUGCUGCUGUCAUUCUCUCGGUAAUUCAUGGAGGUUUGUGUGUGGAUAUCAUUGGAGGAAGUGAAGUAGCACCACACUCAAGACCAUUUAUGGCCCUAAUCAAAGGAGCAAAUGGAAAAUCUGUUUGUGGAGGAGCUUUGAUCAAGGAAGAUUGGGUGCUAACAGCUGCCCACUGUAAUGUGGCAGGAGGCAAGGUUAUUCUUGGAGCUCAUUCACAAAAUGGAGCAGAAAAAGAAAGACAGGUUUUUAAGAUUGCAAAACACAUUCCCUACCCAUGCUACUGUUCCUGUUCUAAGGAAAAUGACAUUAUGCUGCUGCAGCUUCAGAAAAGAGCAAGACUUAAUAAAGCUGUACAACUCAUUCCCCUGCCUACCUCAGAUGAUGAUCCUAAACCAGGAACAAUUUGCACAGUAGCAGGAUGGGGGAAAACUCACAAUAAUCGGAAUGCGCUUUCUGAUACCCUGAGGGAGGUCAAUAUCACUGUCAUCAGUAGGAAAAUCUGCAACAACAGAAGUCAUUAUAGAAACAACCCUAUUAUAACAUCCAACAUGAUAUGUGCAGGGAGUAAGAAUGGAGGAAAGGAUUCAUGUUAUGGGGAUUCUGGUGGACCUUUAAGGUGCAAUAAUGUCAUGAAGGGAAUCACUGCUUUCGGGAAGGCGAACAAAUGUGGUGCUGUUGAUAGCCCUGGUGUCUACACUCGACUCACAGAGCAGUACCUUCAGUGGAUAAGGAAAACCAUAGGCGGAGCCCAAUAG